AUUUUCAAGGCCUCAAAAUAAUUCCAGUUGUGGACCGGUAACGAUAUUGUCGUGUAAUAAGGCUAAGGACAUGUGUAUCUAAUAUUAAUAGAGUGCUUUUUUUCUCUUCUUCUUUGACUCUUUAUUAACGAAAAUAAUAAAUCUGCGGCGCUUUAUUAAUUGUUUUAAUAACGUUUUUUUCUAUUUUAAUUAUACGUUAUGAUAUGUUGCAUCAUGAUUGAGUCGAAAACGGAGCACGAAUUUUUUGAUAUUACUUUUCUAAUAGUGUCGAACUGUUGCUUUGAUUAAUAUACAAUAGUCGCGUUGUGAUUGCAAAUAUUACUCACACCUUUACAUUACACUUAUUAUAGUUUUUUAAAGCAAUCAGAAUGUGUUUUGAUUAUGAAUCGGUUUUCGGAAAAUGAUUACGGCUGAUAUUUAUUUUUAUAAAAAAACAAGGAAGAAAUUUUAACAUUCAAUGCGCCAAUGUUUUUUAAUUGUUUUUUUUUUAAUACGUUUAAGAACCUACAUAUAGAUGCCUUAAUUUAGUAAUUCAUACUAUGGGAACUUGUCUCGAUACUGAGAAAAAAAAUGAGCCAGAAGAACUUGAGAUUAUUGAUGGACGUGCGCUUUGGGUUUCUGAUGGAGGGAGAAAUCAACCAUUUCCAGCUACACCUACCGAAGGACAAUUUUUUUCACAAAACGAAGGGAGAGUUAAAUUCGAAGUACCGAAGAUACCCGUUGUUUUUGUUCUUGGGGGUCCUGGAAGUGGUAAAGUAACACACUGUGAUAAUUUGGCAGAAGAAAAACGUGGUAUCAUACAUAUCAAUAUGACUGAUUUGCUACAGCAAUACACCAUUGGAAGUGGAGAGACGAAAGACUUUAAUCAAUUAUCUAGCAAAACUGUGGCCGAGGUCCUGAUGCUUGAAAUGAAGAUGUCACCCGCUGCUAAAACAUUUCUAAUUUCUGGAUAUCCGAGAAAUAUGAGAGACGUUGUCGAAUAUACCGAUAAGAUCAAGGCAGUCAGCGGUAUCAUUGUACUAUCCUGGACACGAAGCAGUUUAGAAAAACAAAUCGAAUAUGGCGCAAAACUCGGCCACGUUGUGCUCAGUCUAGCUCGAAUGGAAUUGAAUAAUUUUUAUAAAAAUGUUAUACCAGUGGCUGAUUUCUACGAUCAGCGUAAAAUGCUCACUUCGAUAAACGGAGAAAGAAAUCCGGCCGAAGUAUACAACGACUUCAGAGCAGUCAUCUUGAGGAUCAUCGGUUCGCAAGAUGCUGAGAAAACAGCUACUUUGACGACAAUCCCGAAUGGAACCGUGGUUAAUUUACAGCCUGAUCCCGUAUUAUCUACCUCAUCUAUUACUAAUACUGUACCUGCGGUAUCUGUGACUGUUCCUGCUUCUGUCACCGGAGGAUCAUUAACUACCACUACUGCUGUAUCAGUUCAUAAUCCUCCUCCUAGUGGAUACCCUGCAGCUGUAUAUGUGAUUGGUGGCCCUGGUAGUAAUAAAGGGCUCUUGAUAGGCAAAGUUCUAAGACGAUUGCCAGGUUGGAGUCAUAUAAGUAUGGGAGGAGUACUUCGAGCUAUGGUUAACAGUAGAGAUAUACCCAUUGAAGAGGCUCAAAGGGUCAGAGAUACGAUUUCAGCUGGAGAAAUGGUCGAUAAAAACGUCGUUAAUGCAGUUUUAGAUAGAGCCAUGCUGGCGAACAUCAAUGCUAAUGGAAUAAUUAUCGACGGUUUUCCGAGGGAUUUGGACGAAUUACAUGAUUUUGAAGAGAAGUACCAACAACAUCCUUGGAUAAUUCUACUCGAUUGCUCAAAAUUACAAUUAAGUCGUGGUCGAUGGGACGACAGCGUUCCUGCUUUUCGCAAACGUCUGGAAAUAUUCAGAGAAAGAACGUUGCCAAUGCUCAAAGUCUUGGAUACUGAACACAGACUGACUAUGGUCGACGGUGAUACUGAAACGCCCGAGGUCGAAGAAGCAUUCAACAUAGCUUUAUUCGAGGCGAUCCAACACGUUCAAGAAGAUUUCGCUCUAGAACACGGACCAGAUGCUCGACAACAAAUACCCAUGAAUUUUGAAGCAGCUCUUUUACAAGACUUGGAAGACGAAAUUUUGGAAAACAUUUCAGGCAGACCACAAGUCAACGGUUAUGGCCCUCCGAGAGAACGACGCUCUACCAGUAUAAUUGCUGGCGGUAAACCUGGUCCAAAUAACGUCAUGUCAGUCUCCCAUGCCAACGGUGGAAAUCAUUCUCAAGGAAACACGUUACAAACCCAUGCUCAAGUAGAAAGUUACCCAAAAUAAAAUGAAAAAAAUAUUUUUUUAAAAAAAAGAGUGUGAUGAUUUUAGAUGGAUUUAAGGUUACUUUUUUUUAUUAUUAUUAUUAUUACGAUGAAUUUUUUAGGCUGUUAAAAUAUUUUUUUAAGCGUUUUCGUGCGGCGAAUGAUCGCGUUUUUAAAAGUUUUGUACUAGUUUUGUCGAUUCGAAUAACUUAAUUACGAGUAUUAUUGUAUUGUAUGUAAAUGGAUUUUUUUUUUCUUUGAUGACAGUCGAAGUUUGCAUUAAUUUAUUUCGUUAUUAAGAUUUUUAUAAAAUAAUUUUUCUGCUUAUUUAAGAAAUAAAGUAGAAUUUUAAAU